AUGACUUCUUCCACUUCCAGCGUCGCUCCUGCUUCCUCCAGCUCGUCUUUCGACACAGAUUCCGGCAAUUCUCACCGGUUAGCUAUAACAGGAGCGGUACUUGGUGUUUUUGGGAUUAUUGGCGUCGGAAUCAUUCUGUGGUGGACGCUUAGAAUGAAGCCCAAAGUGCCUUAUGAAGAGGAAGCACCUUCUACGCCAGUCCCAAGGCCAAGUCCUCAUACUGCAUCGGGAUCGGGAGUGGCAGAUGCUUUGAGAAGGAGUUUAACGCUUAACAGGUCCCUCAGUAAUGAUAUCGGGCGAAGUAAAUCCAGCAAUUUGAAUAGAAACAAGUCACUGGCAGCGAAAAUCACGCCUUUCAAUCCAGAUGCUACCAUUGAGGGAGACGGUCCGAGGUUUGUUCAUACUCCAGGGGCCAAUAUGCGUAUAGCGACAAGACUCAGCAACGGCGUGUGGCAGUUCAGUGAGCCGGUCAGAGGAGCUUUGGGACAGAUGCACCCGCUUGCCGCAGCUUCUCAAGCAUCUCUUCUCCUUCAGACGCAAAACCUGGACACAGCUUCCUCACCGUCGCUACCUUAUUCGCCGUACCUCACUCCUACGUCGAAUCUUUCCAACCCUUUCUCUGACGCCAAUAGCUAUGCUCCGACACGCUGUGAAUCUCCAGCAGAGAAUCCGUUCGACUCGGAGGAGAUUUCAGACUACGGACGAGCUGCGCGAAGACAAGAUACCUCCGAAUCGCACGUUUCGACUACGACGACCUCACACUACCCGUUUACGCGGCCUUCCGCGCUCACUCUCCGGACACAGACACAAUCCAUGUUUCGGGGCACCGUUUAUGACCUGCAAUCUCUUUCUUCUCCCGGUUCGGCUGUACCAGCAGGUAUCCAUGAUAUAGACGAGGAUAUCAUGAAGCACAGGGGUAAACCUUUACCUGUUGCAGACAGCGAGCUGAUGCGGAGAGGAUUAAGGAAAGAAAGUUCACUUGGUGCUACAAGCCUACUCGGUUCCGCCUCUAAUUUGAGUCUGCCUAUGAGGCAAGAUUCAAAUGACUCUUUUCACGGCGAGCCCGGACUGGGUAGACGUCCUUCAGCUGCUUCCGCUGUUCUACUGGGCGGGACGGGGCCUGUUGGCACUCGCAACAUUACUGCCAUUAAUAACGGAAACAGGUCGACCACUUAUCAUCCGAAUUUGGAUGAUGUGAUUGAUGUGAGAGGGGAUUCAAAUGAAGAGAGGGAGGCAGAGAUGGAUCUCGCAGACGUCGCAGAAGAAGAAAAUUUUCAGGGCGCUGAAGCGCUGCCUACUCCCGUGUCUGGUGGAGUAAUUACAGGAGUCUCGCCCUAUCGAAUGUCAGAAGCGUUUACUUCUCUCGAGGGUCAUGGCCUUUCCUCUCCUGGUCCACUAGGAAGUGAUCGUUUUCCUUAUGCUGUCUCUAAUCAUGCUUCACACCCAUCGACAUCGACUAUCGCCACUUCCCUUUACCCCCACACAAUCACCACGAAAGGCGGCUCUUCUUCACUUGGUUUCGGGCUUUCUAAUCCGUAUGCAUCCACGUCUACAGUGUACCUCGGUAGUUUAGGACAUCUCACGAGGCCGAGUUUGGACACUGAACGUGAAACCGGUCAGGAUAUUAAUUCCAGUAUGCGUCAUGGGCGACCAAGUCUUUCCAUCGAAUCAGCGGUUGAUAAAAGGGGAAGGCGCAUGAGUCGGGGUAGCACCCUUGCUACUACAUACGAGGGAUUUGAAGGUGAAAAUACUUUGGUGUACGAGUCCCCGAUAUCCCCAGGAGGUUCUUAUCCAUAUUCACCAACGUCUACUUCAUACACACAUGACACCAGGGCCCAAACCAAGAAUUGGCAGCGGCAAAGCUCAUUUCUUGGCAGCGAAUCGCACGGAUACGGUGCAGGGUAUGGAUUCAAGAAGCCGCAUCAUUAUCAGUUGGGAUUGGACGAUGUCUAUGCUGCUGAUGCGUCGAUGUCGAUGUCAGGACACGAUCAUUCGCGGGAAGAUGGUGAUGGGGGUGAUACGACGAUCCAUGCGGUGUCCCCGUCGUGGGCAAUAGACGGAGUAAAUGGUGUGGAGAUCAUGGAUGUCCCCAGUGUACCACCGCCCACAUAUCUCUCUCCUGGGUCGAAGUCUAGAUCAAGUUCGCGAUCGAUGGAAGGCAGAACAUGA